AAAACUUUUUUUUUUUUUUUUUUUUUUUCUUUUCUUAUAUAUCUCUUUCUUUUUUCUUAGUUUUUUGUUUUUAUUUGACUUUUUGCCUUUAUCUCCUCCUCUCCCUCUCUUUGAGAAAUCACUUUAUCUUAUAAAAGUAUUCAUGACAACAGCAAGUUCCUCCGCUUUGACGGAAUCAAACAACAACACUAACAACAAUGGCAGCAGCAGUGGCACCAAGAUAUCCUUGUGGCAUAGAGCUCGACGUUCUCGCUUGGGUGUCGCAUGUGUCGUCGCACUUACUCUAUUUACCGAUAUGUUGGUGUAUGGAGUAGUGAUUCCAUGUUUACCAAUGCUUGUUAUUGAGCGGUUAAAGGGAAAUUCGACCAUGGUGGGACUUUUAUUCGGGUGUUACGCUUUUGGGUUACUUGCUGCUACACCUGUGUUUGCCAUUUUAUCCGAUCGAUACCAAAACCGAAGAUAUCCAAUGUUGAGUGGCAUGAUUGGGUUGGUCAUUUCCACCUUGUCUUUCGCCAUGGCAGAUACGUAUACUUUACUCAUUAUGGCUCGGGUAGCUCAAGGAGUGGCAGGUGGUGCAUCAUGGACGAUUGGUCUAGGCUUACUUGCUGAUGUGUUUCCCACCAAAAGCUUGGGUGUGGUCAUGGGAAGUGUACUAACAGCACACACAGUAGGAUUUGCGAUCGGGCCCGCCGUUGGAGGAUUCUUGUUUGAAUAUGGAGGGUUUGCUGCACCCUUCCUCUUUUGUGCGGGUUUUGCUGUCAUCAAUUUUAUAGCUAUUCUUUGGCUUGCCGAACCGGAACAUAAGGCUGAGGAUGUUGAACAUACGCAAGAUCAUGUUUCACGCGCUCAAGAAAGUAUUCCGCCAUCGCCCACAGCAGCAGCAGAGGAGGAGGAGGAAGAGGCAGGAAAGAUACAUGCCUACCCGUUUUCUGAUGAAAAUACACCUUUGCUCCAUAAAGCAAACGACAACACGAGUCAUACAGACAGCAAGAAAAAGACAAAGACGCCAGUUACCAUGAUAGGAUUAUUAAGGAACUGGCGUAUUAUGUCAUGUGUACUAUGUACAAUCGUUUGUUCUUCUGUCUUUGCCGGUAUUGAACCAGCAUUGCCUAUUCAUCUGACAAAAACAUACGAUGCAUCUGCUUCUGUUAUCGGACUCAUCUUUGUGGCCAUGGUGAUUCCGGCCUUCUUAGCACCCGUCAUUGGGCAUCUUUCCGACAAGUUUGGUAGGCAAUUCAUUUCUGCUACUGGCAUGGUGAUGAUGGGUGUGUCAUCACCUUUGGUAGCUGUUCAUUUCUCUGCUAUCUAUCACAUUAUCCCUCCUCUUAUGCUCUUUGGUCUUUCUUCACCGGUGACACUUACUCCCAUAUUGCCAGAGAUGGGUGAAACUGUCAAUGAAAUGGGUGGUGCUGCGUAUGCUCAAGUUUAUGCAUUGUACAACAUGGCUUACUCUAUUGGUAUGUUUGUGGGUCCUGUCAUUGCCGGCUUUAUUAUGUCGGCGAGUAACUUUAAGAUUCUGAUGUUGAUAUUCGGUGCUGCCAACAUUAUUUGUAGCCCUAUUAUGAUGGAUUGGGGAGCUGUGUAUAGAAGUAUCAAAUCCAGAAUUGCGAGGGCGUUUUAAUGGAUGGAAUAUCAAAAGAAAAUCAUACUUUCGUACAAUAUAUACUUUAUAGAACGAUAUAUAUAUAUAUAUAUAUCCCAGAGUAACUUUUUUUUUAAUGUGUGAAUUAUACCUACUUGCCUGUAGAGCUAUCCAUUAUAUACGAAUACAAAAAGUAAUGCUUUCUUUUUGUUGGCAAUAGACGUCGUAGACACUUGACAUCUCUAUGUCUUCUUAGGGAUUGAACAAUCGAUAGAACAGUUGUCCGAGUCUUCUUCAUCUUUACAUUAUGAUGAAGCUGGCUUUUGAGCCCGAUAGACAAACUUCAUUACCAUCACCUACUGUAAUACUGUAAAGAGUAGGAUUCUUGACGAAAAAGUUGAAUAGUGACAGUACCGAAAUGCUUCAUGUACAGCGUUUUAUUUGAAUUGAUGAUUACUUUUUUGACUAUGAGAAGUGGACGGAGGGGUAUAUAUACAUGUAUCAAUAGGAAUGAAUG